AUGGAGGUGGUUUCUCGUCUUAUCAAGGUCCAGUUUCCAAACUAUCUCAAAUCUUUACCGAUCCCCUCUACUUUCGGCGGAUUUGCAAAGCUUUCCGGCAAUGAGUGGGUACAGCUUGUUCCUUUUGUAGUUACGACCUCUGUGGUUGUUUACUUGGUUAUUUCAGCGAUCCUACCUUCCAAGCCGUCGAAGAAGGCGGAUGCAGAUUGGGUGAACAAGACAGAGCAGAAGGAAAAAGAGAAAGUGGCCGAUAUCAUUCAAAUAGAAGAUUUAGGAGAAAAGACCGCUUUCUGUCGUUGUUGGAAGUCGAAAAAGGUUUGUGUUUACCCCCUUUUUUGUUUUUAAUCUUGGGGGUCUGUGCCAUUAAACAUCCUCGCUCUGAACCCCCUAACCCCCUUGUUUCCGCCUUUUGAGGACAAAAAUGUACAUACAUACAUAACCUUUACUUUAACUCGAAUUUUAGAGCAUCUGCAACAUUCAGCUGAUAUCUUCGAGCAAAAAAAUUAAGGUCUUUAAAACUGGUAUUUAAUGAUACUAUUGUUUGGGGACUCGGUAAUAAAAUAUCCUUAAGCUCUAUUACGUAACACACUCGUGCAUUGUGAGCUUCUUAUUCAAGGUCAGUUUCUCUUCCCAAUAGUGUGCUCAGUCUUUUCGAUGUUUCUUACACUUAUUUACGUGCUCCGCCCACCUCCCCGUAAUGAUGAACUACCACCCACUUGUUAACACUCCCCACUCCUACCACCUUGGGUUGAGUCUCCCAUAUAAUAAUCAUUAAGGACCCAUUAAGGCAUUGUUUGCAGAUGGUCUGAAUGAGAAUACAUCACAAGUUAGGGUAACUAAUCAAACGUUUAAAGACUUUGUACACAUCUCUUAAAAUCAGGAAAAGUUGAGUUUCACCCCGCAAGAAAGACAAGAUCAAACCACCAACACAUUCCCCCUGCAGAAAAAGAGAACAUAUGUCUUCAAGAAAUUAAAUGUAUUAACAUUUUCACCAACCCCCUUAGAAAUUACUUUGUAACCAGGAGCGGAUCCAGGAUUUUAAAUGGGGGUUGGCUGAUACUAAUUGGCCUCCAAUAAUAUUCUAUAUGUUAAUUUAUUUUGAGUUGUCCUAUGUUUGUCCCAAAACAUGGUGAUUUAGGAAGGACGAAGGCUGGCUUUUUGGGACUCACAUGUUUCUAUAUGCUUUGCAACCAACCUAUUUCCAUUUGUUUUUUCACAUAUGAUAUUUUUUUUGGUGGGCUGUCCUAAAGGGGAGUGGCUAGCCACCUGAACCACCCCUGGUAACCCCCUUACCCCAGGAUUCCUUUGUCAAACCUGUAUGAAUCAGUUGUGUUGUGAAACCCUUUAACCGAUAAGACUGAUCACCAUCCAAACAUUAAUUUCACAAGUAUAACAAAAAUGACCACUUGAUUGCUAUGCGAAGUAUCAUCAGUUCCACAGGAAAAGUACAGUUCGAUAACUCGAACUCGGAUAACUCGAAUUCCCUGCUAACUCAAACUGAAUUCCCUUCACUUGAACUGUUUUUGUUUCCCUUCAGAGUUCAAGUUACGGGGGUUCUACUGUAUUUAGAACAGUGUGAAGAUACUGAUUUCUGAUCUAUGGGUUUUAGCGGGCUUAAAUCAGUGCAGUGACAGGUUUUCUCCUUAUUUUCAGUUCCCAUACUGUGAUGGAAGCCACAAUCAACACAACAAGGAAACUGGUGACAAUGUUGGCCCCCUAGUGUGCAAGCGAGCAAAUCCAUCUUCAUAA